AUGGCCACAUUACUUGAACAAUGUAUCAGUCAAAAUACAUGUUUUGCUUGUGGAGCACUUGUUUAUGCUGUUGAAAAAAAAAUAACAACAAAUCAUAUUUAUCAUAAUCGAUGUUUUCGUUGUCGUAUAUGUAAACGAAAUUUAACUGGAUAUUCAUUAAAUGAAGAAGGUGAUGAUAUUUAUUGUGGAAAUUGUUAUCGAAGAAAACAACGAGGUGAUUGUAAUAGUUUCGAAUUUUAUCGAGCAGCAGCUGAACGAGCUCAAUAUGUUCAUAAUCGUCAUCGUGCAGAUCAACAAAAUAUGUUAAUGGAUACACGUUCACGAAGUCUUCGUGAAACAUCAACACCAAGACAUCCAUCAAUAGCAUUACGACAACUUGAACGAGAAUUUCUUUCUUAUCGACAACCAAAGACAAAUAGUCAUGAUGAAUUAAUCAAUGACUUAGCUCAAAAACCUCUCGCAACAUCACAACCUUUAACAAUAAAUACAAAUUUUUCAACCCCAAUUAAUCUAACAAAUUUUCGUCGUGAUGAUCUAUUAUUAACAAAAUAUGAACCAUCUACACAUAUUUCACGUAUUUGUUCACCUUCUCCAACUAUUCGUACAGAAACUAUUAUAAAACCCCGUAUAAAACAACAAACCAACGAAAAUAUUAAUAAUGAUGAUCAAACGAAAUCCAUAACAAUACCAACAGGUAGUGCAACUGGUGGUAUUGAAUUUCGAUUAAAUAAAAGUAGUAUCGAUUUAACUAAUGUUACAUCACCACAAACUAAUCGAAAAAAUAUUAUUAUACCUGAUCUUGAUGAAAAUAAAGAACACAAAGAAAGCAAAUUUCGUUUUCCAGAUUUUAAUCUUACAUCAAUACGUCGUCGAAGUACCAGUGCUCAUCACCUUAAAAAAUUAAUACGAGCUGAAUAA